GAUCACUUUUGUAGAGCGACACCAACGGCAAUGAUUGAAAGUAUACGCUUGUCCCAACGUUUCGUUGAUAUGCUGCUGGUGUUUGUAAACAAACCAUUGAAAUGACAUUUCAAUUUACCGCUUCAACUGCUGUCAAAGUGACGAACUACACAAACAGUGAGCAAUAUUCUCACCAGCUGAGUGAAACGUAUCGUUGAAUUGUGCUCAAUUUCACAACUUUCGAAAUCAACCGUGCUUAUCUUUGUCUCAUUGCACAAACAAGCUGUAGUCUAAUUCUCAAUAUUAUUCGGAUUGUUUAUGCUUUUUAGUGUUUUCUUUAUCGCGCAUGUGUGCAAACGACUGUCAUAACAAAGUCAUGUGAAUUGCGAUACACAAGCAUUAAUCUGAAAGAGAGAACGAGAGUGAAAUGAAAAGUAUUCUAGACAUUUGUUGGUAGGUGCUUCAACUGAUGAAAAAUCCAAUGUAAAAUGAUCCUAUAACAUACAUAUAUGUAUGUUUUGUGUGAGAGAGUGAUAUUGUGGGCAUAGUGCGUGCUGUGAAUAAUUUCAGUACGAUUUUGUUUGUUGUGGCAUGAAUAUCACAGUCAAUCAGUAAGGCUAUAAAACUACGGUGGUCUAGAAGAAAAACUCGGUAACAACGUCCAACGGCUCGUGUCCUUGGAGGAUCAAACAUUCUGUGAUUUUAAUACAUUCAUUACUUCAGCUGUUCAACAAGAAUUUCUUUUUCAUUAUCAUCAUGGCAAGCGGUGACAAUGUUCCAGUUGUUUGGAUUUUGGGUGGACCAGGAAGCGGUAAAGGUACACAGUGCGCCAAAAUCGUGGAGAAAUUCGGAUUUAGCCAUUUCAGCACAGGCGAUUUGUUGAGAGCCGAGGUGUCCGCUGGCUCGGAUAAAGGCAAAGAACUUGCGGCAAUCAUGAAACGUGGCGAUCUCGUUCCAAACGAAGAAGUUUUGGACUUACUUCAAAAAGCAAUGAAAGAAGUUCUCGGCAAAUCAAAGGGUUUCUUGAUUGACGGAUAUCCACGUGAGAAGUCACAAGGUGUUGCUUUUGAAAAAACCAUUGCCCCAGUGGAUUUGAUUAUUUCGCUCGAAUGCACACCGGAAACAAUGGUAUCACGUAUUUUGAAACGCGCCGCUGAAUCCGUCGAAAAGCGUGCUGAUGAUAAUGAAGCUACCAUCAAGAAUCGUAUUGAAACGUUCAUCAAGAACACCGACGAAAUUUUGAUCCAAUAUCCAACUCAAACCAAGCGGGUUAACGGCGAGCGUGACGUUGACCAAAUUUUCGACGAAGUUUCACAAGUCAUCUCAGAAGUCGUGGCCAAAAAAUCAUGAACAUCAUCACGCACAACAAACAAUUUCGACAAUAUUUAAUUUGAGCAAUACAUUUUUGAUUCUUUAUGAGGCUCUUUUAAAUUAUCUUAAUGAAUUGAAUCUAAUCCCGAUUUAUCGGCAACAAUGUAUUCACCAAAGACCUAAAGUAAAUGACAUCAAAUUAAAACAAAUCGUAUCUUUUUCGCGUUUCACAAAUUGAAUCUCUUCUUUUUUUUCUUGUAAUCUGAAUGGUUAAUUGAUGUAAAAUGUUCAAAAUAAAAAGACAUACUUUGGAAAUCAA